CACUCUGGUCUUGUGCCAUGAUGUCAGUAUAAUCAAGUUGCAAGUAAACAUCAAGGUUGAAGCUUCGUCUCAAAAAAGCUCUCCACCUUUCCAGCCUCAGCCACUUCUUCUCAGCCACGAGUCAAGCAGCCACUCAUGAAGCCUUCGCCAUCGAUUGUCAUCUUCCACAUCAGUCACCGACAGCCCGUUCAACACAAAUGUCUCUACGCCAUCUGGUACUCAAAGGCAUUGUGCCAUAUUCCAAAGCCGCCAAGCUUCAGCAGGAACUGGUGACAAAGUUUCUGGCUCACAAAGCCUCCCCUGCAACAACGCCUGCUCCAAUCCCGACCAUCAUUACAACUCAAUUCUCUCCUGUCUACACAUGUGGCCGUCGCGAGGUCGGUACCGUCUCCCAGGAACAACAAGACUUUCUGAAGGACAAUGGUAGGGCUGAGUUCCAUGAAGCUCUCCGUGGCGGCCAAACUACUUUCCACGGUCCUGGCCAGCUGGUCGCAUAUCCUAUCAUUGAUCUGAAGAAACACAACAUAUCGCCAAGAAACUACGUGUGCCUUUUGGAGAAGACUCUGAUCAAGAUAUGCGCACAAUACGCUAUCAAAGCCAUGACUACAGAACACCCCGGAGUUUGGACCACCCCAGACGACAAGAUAUCCGCUUUGGGUGUCCACUUGAGAAGGAACAUCACCAGUCAUGGCGUCGGCCUGAACAUCAAUACCGAUCUUUCAUGGUUCAAUCGCAUUGUUGCUUGCGGCCUUGAGGGCAAGCGAACCACAAGUUUUGAGAAUGAAGGCGUUCAUGGUCAGAUCGUCGAACAUGUCGCCAAUGCUUUUGUUCGACAACUCGCUAGUUCGCUCGACAUCAAAGACAUUCAAGUUGAGACGAUCACUUGAGCAGCUCAUGAGCCGUCUAUCAACGCUCGUCCCCACGGGGUAUGAAGCAACGUGCCUGGUUAUGCUUCGGGCCGGCUGAAGCAUACUAGCUAUAACAAACUCAUCUGAACUCAAUUGAAGCUGUCUUCUUCUGGGGGAGCUUGUC